AAUAGUCGUUGUUUUGUCAAAUUUAAAAUCUAAAAGACAACGCCUUAAUCUUCCCAGCUAACGAUAUCACGUUCUAAGAACGUUGUAAUAACGUUACAGUUUGGUGAUAAAAACGUUAUUUUGUAGAACCAUAUUUACGUACUUAUAACCUUAUUUCACAACCAUACAACGUUUGAAGGAACGUUCUUACAACGUUGUGUGAACGUUAUUUUGUGACAUACCUAACCACUACGUUCGCAAACAAUAUAAGAACGUUUUGUGUUUGCUGGGCUGAAUCUAUUCUCCCAUCUUUUAAACUUCAAUUCUCACUCUUCUGGCAAUGUUAAAUGUGGUAAUUCCAGAUGCUAAGUCUGCAAUUUCAUAUGCACCUCUGAUCCAUCCACUCAUGUGUUAAUAUAUUUAAUAAUUCUAGUUAAAUUCUGCAUCUAUGAAUCCAGAUGUGGUUCCGUCAGACCAUGAAGUAACGGUUUAAAUGAAAUACAAUUGGCGAGCAGAAGAAUAUUUUAAGUACAGUAAUUAAUAGCAGAAUAAGCUAAUAUAAUGAUGAGAGGCAACUAGCAAAACCAUUGAGCUUACAGAAUAAACUUUGUAAAUUGUUUGCUUUAUAUUUAAUUCAUGGACUAUUUGUUAGAACAUGUUUUUUUUUAUGAAAAUGUUAUCCAUGUAAAAUAUGUUUGUAAAUAAAUAAAUAUACCAUUUUCGGGAAAUUUGAAAUACACAUUUUUAUCAGGAAUUUUCCGUAUGUAUCCCGCAUAGAUUGUACAGUAUAAGUUUGUAACAUCAUUACAUGAUUGCAAUUUAUGUAAAACAAAUUGAAUAAUGAAUGAAUAGAAGAAAAAAAAAACGUUUGUGACUAAUUUUAUUGUAAUUUGUUAAUAAAGUAAAUUGAACGUUCUUUAUUAGAUAAUGGCUAUUCCAUCAUAUAGAUUCAACAGUGUCUACUAUGCAUAUGUUAUGACGAAUAAUCAAUAAUGCUAACAGCAAUUGUGAAAUUAUAAUAUAAAUAAUAGGCCUAAAUAAAGAGAACGGUCAAAUAGAUGAUCGUGUUUACAAUUUAUUUGAUUUGACAGCUCAGCUCGGGUGAUGAAGGGAAAAUGCAAGAGUUGCUCUCAUCAGCAAUCGCUGGUUUUUUUUCCCGGAAGUAUUAUAUUAAAAUACCCAAUGAUUGCAUAGCAGUUAUAAUAUAAUAUAUAUAAUAAAAAGGCAAAUAUAAUAUAUUAUAAUAAAAAGGCAAAAAAUACGAACUUUCAAGAAAAUAGAUCUGCCCUUAUUGAACCUACCUAACCCGUUGGUACUGAUGAAUGCUGCAACCAGAACAUGGAAGGGAACAUAGAGAACAAUACAGACUUCAUUACGUGUUGUGUGUUUCCUAAAAUGUUGUCAAUUCCUUUCGGAUUUAUAACACUUUUUAUUAUUAUAGGAAAUGUAUUUGUAAUUGUUUCUGUCAUUAGAAUCCGGUCAUUGCGUCAACCGUGUUACCUAAUUCUUGCUAGCAUGGCGUUGGUGGAUGUAUUAACAGGGAUUAUUGGCAUCGUAGUUGUACUCCGUCUUGCUCUUCAUGGACGGUUUUUGUACCUUGUAGAAACAGUAGAAUGGAUUCUUCAAAAAUGAUGGCAUGGUCUAUAGUCCGUCUUUAUUUCAUCAUAUAUAUUUAGUUGGAGAGAGAGAUUUUGCUAUCAUGCAUCCAUAUAUGUAUAUUGUGAAAGUACACAAUAGAUCGGUAGUGAUAUUUCUAGUAGUUACGUGGAUCAUAGGACUGCCCUGGUUCGCUAUAAUCCUCUCACCAUUGUACAGCGAGAAUGCUUAUAACUAGUUUAAUCUCAUAACCAAGAUAGCUCUUAUAAUUCCAACGUACGCCUGCCAUCUGCGUAUAUAUUGCGAAGCGAAAAGAAAAGCUCGUCUGGUUGUGUCAUCUUCAACCAGUCAGGCAGUACAGCCCAAGAGAAGCGACUUCAAAGCAGCGCGGGUAACUACAAUAAUACUUGGUCAGUUAUAACAAAAAGAUUACAAAAAGUUAUAUAAAAAAUAGUUAGUAGUGACCAAAAAGGAUACAUUGAAGGCCGUUUUGGCGGCGAAAAUAAGAAAUUAAAAAAAUCAUUCUUUUGAGAGAGCAUUAGUAAUCCAAGUCUUUAUUACAAACGUGUAAAUGACGAUAGAUGAAUCACAAGUUAGGAGAGGUGUAAAAGUAAUAUUAGUAUUGAAAAGAGUGGAUGGAUCAGAGGUGCAUAUAAAAUUGCAGACUUAGCAUCUGGAAAAUUGAAUCUUUAAAAACAUACUAGAUACAUGGCAAAAAUGAAAUUUUCUUGGAAAAAUUUUAAUUCCAAAAACACCUGGAUUGUCUAAAUUAAUGUACAAUGCAAGUAUUAUUGAAACACCUGAAAGAGUCAGCAAAGAAGUUGAUCGCAUUGUUUUUGACUUCAUACGAGAGAAAAAAAAAAGGAAAAAAUAAAAAGAUUAACUCUCAUUAAUUCUUAUGAGUGCGGUGGUAUUAGGGCCUCUGAUUUUAAAUCCCAAGUGCUUUCCUUUAAAUUAUCUUGGGUAAAACGUUUGUAUAAUGAUGAAGUAGCAAAUUGGAAACGCUUGCCAAUGAUGUACUUUAAUAAGCUUGCCCCAAGAAAUAUAAUUGAAAAUAUAUCGCAUAUGAAUUGGAAUCAAAAACCCUGCAAACAAAUACACGGUUUUUACUUGUCAUUACUUCAUGCAUUAGCCCAAUGUAACGAAAGUUUAAUGAAACAUCCAACAUGCUAUGAGGACAUUAUGGAGCAACAAAUUUGGGGAAGCAAAUUAAUAAUUUAUAAUGGAUUUUCUCUCUUAUAUAGAAACUGGAUUAGAUCCGGUAUUCGCAAAAUGAAAGAUACUGUUAUUGGUUACGACUUCAUUAAUUCAAAUAAGCUAUUAUUAUUGUUAAAUAAUAAAUCAAAUUAGAUAUCAGAAUUUUCUAAUUUAAUGAUGGCAAUUCCACAGGACUGGAAAAAUAUUAUAUUCUCAAAAAAUGAAAAUGUAAAACAUAAUAAUACACAACAAGUAGUAAACAAUUGCUGCAAUAUGAACUGUAAACAAAUUUAUAAUUGUUUUGUAUCAAAAAAAAAUGUUUAGAACCUACAAAUUCUCAAAGUGGCAUAACUUUCUUAAUACAGAAUUUGACCGGUAACUUACCUGGUCAUGGAAAGUGAAAUCUAUCAAAGAAAACAAGCUCAAACAGAUAAACUAUAAAAUAUUGCACUGUAUUGUUCCUACCAGGAAAAGGUUACAUAGAUGGAAAAUUAUCGAGGAUAAUACAUGUCCAAAGUGCAAUGUUGUUGAAGAUGACGACAUUUUUUUUAUUGUACAGAAUCACAUGACCUGUUGAAUAUUAUUAAUCAUUUUAGCCUUAUUAAUUAUGGUAUUGAAGCAAAUUUUAAAAGUUUUGUGCUUGGUACAGGAAACGUUUAUAUAGACCAUCUGUUUUCAUUAGGAACGUUUAUAUAGACCAUCUGUUUUCAUUAGGAACGUUUUGCAUUUACAAAGCAAACGUCCUAAAACAUCUGAACAAAUGGUGUUACAACUUUUUAUGAUGGAAAAACAUAUUCGAAAAUAUUUUGAAUAACUUUUAUCUGAACAACUCAUUUUAAAAACGUAUGCCAAAAAUUUCUCCAGUAUAUUACAUUGCCAUAUUGCAUUAUAGAUGAUUGUGUAACCACAACGUUGCUUAUAAAAAAUGUUUUGUCUUUGUGAUGAAUAAAGGUGGGAUGACCCCACAAAAGAAAAAAAAAAUAGGUUUGUUACGUUGAUUGAUGCAAUUGGAGCUGACAGCAAUUGCGACGUCGUGAAAUAAAAGAUAAAGAGAACAGUCAAAUAGAGAUGAUUUAAAAUAACAACUGGAUUGUGUUGACUUAUUUAUUUGACAGUUCAUCUCUGGUGAUCAUGGGAAAUGCAAGAGUUGCUCUCGCGAACGCUCGCUGUUUUAUGAUGAAACAAGAUUAAAGUAAAAAGGCAAACCAAAACGAACUAUCAAGAAAAUAGAGCUGCCCUUCUUGGACUUAUUUAACGCGUUGAUACUGAUGAAUGCUGCAACAUGGAAGGGAACAUAGAGAACAAUACAGACUUCACUUCGAUUUGUGUGUUUCCUAAAACUUUGUCAUUUCCUUUUGGAUUUGUAACACUUUGUAUUAUGAUAGGAAAUGUAUUCGUAAUUGUUUCUGUCAUUAGAAUCCGGUCAUUGCGUCAACCGUGUUAUCUAAUUCUUGCUAGCAUGGCGUUGGUGGAUGUAUUAACAGGGAUUAUUGGCAUCGUAGUUGUACUCCGUCUUGCUCUUCACGGACGCUUUUUGUACCUUGGAGAAACAGUAGGAUGGAUUCUUCAGAAAAUGAUGGUAUGGUCUAUAAGUUUGUCCUUUUUUCAUCAUCUAUAUUUAGUUGCAGAGAGAUAUUUUGCUAUCAUGCAUCCAUAUAUGUACAUUGUGAAAGUACACACUCGAUCGGUAGUAAUGUUUCUAAUUGUUACGUGGACCAUUGGACUACUCUAUUUCGCUAUAAUCAUCUCGCCAUUGUACAAUGAGGAUAUGUAUAACGAAUCCAAUUUCAUUUUCAAGAUAAGUAUUAUAAUUCCAACGUACGCCUGUCAUCUGCGUAUAUAUUGCGAAGCGAAAAGAAAAGCUCGUCAGGUGGUGUCAUCUUCAACCAGUCAGGCAGUACAACCCAAGAGAAGCGACUUCAAAGCAGCGCGGGUAACUACAAUAAUACUUGGUGGUUUUAGUAUCUGCAUACUGCCUUCAUUAUUUCACAACAUUGCUUUUCUAACCCAAGGCGAAAAAACUCGAUGCACACUCUCAUAUUUUCUUUCUUUUUUGUCGAUAUACAUUGAUUCUAUGUUAAAUCCAGUUGUGUAUGGUAUUUGUAACAAGACAUUUCGUGAUUCUUAUAAAAAUAUGUUUCAUAAAAUAAUAUGUAAAUAGAAUUGGCCAGAAGAGCUAAUUCAUUGUUGUGUUGAUAAGAUUUUAGAAUUUAUCAUUGAGCUGCACACUCAGGCAUGGACAUGUUUUGAUGUAUUUGUAAAGUUUAAAAGAAGAAAACACUGCACCUCAUAGAAUUUCUAAUUAAAUAUGAAUGGUGUUUGAUGGACAUGAGUAUGACACACGAAAUGCUGAUUCACUACCUCUAAAAGUAGAUUUCAAAAUAACCAAGACUUCACUUAUAUAUAUGCUUGUGCAAUGUAUAGAUUACACUGCUGAAUAUUAAAAAUAUCUUCUAAUUAUUUAAAUUUUAAAUUAAACUAUAAAAAUAGAAUUUAUAAUUAAUACAAUAUAAAUUAUGCUACCACUUUUAAAUACUCAUAAUUAUAACUCUUACACUUGCAUAUAAUUUUAUUAAUGUUUUGACUCAGCUGUUUCAAUUCUUAAUGA